AUGGAUGGAGUUCCAUGGGACCAGGUCAAGGCUGGGGAUCUGGAUGUCUUGCGGGUCGAGCUUUUCUCGAGUUCGACUCUGCGAAGACUCCGGGCCCUGCAAGAACUUCGCGACAAGAGCGGAUCUGAUAUUCCGUCGGAAUUAAGCCUUGGUAUCCUAGCGCUUCUUUUCCAAACCUAUCCUCUUUACGUCGAUCGUUCCUCUCGCCAGGCCGUUCAACAAUGUCUCCGCUCCCUCCUCCGAACCCCGAACGCUGCGAACCACCUCGAAUAUUUAUCUGAGAGUCUGAAGAUUGAGACAGCUAAGCCUACUCUGUCUCCGGGAUCUGCAUUUGUGUUGUUGGAGUGGUGCUGCAAUAUUUUGCAGCAGGUUAGCGAGAACGAGGCUACGCCCUUGGCUACUGUGCUGGAUCUGAUCACCGUGGAUGCCAAGGCUUUGGAAACUUGCUUGGCUCACACACCGAAGCCGUCAGUAAAACAGUCGGCCCUCACAGUGACUAGACGUGCAUUGCGCGCAACAUUUUCGAACAAGACAUGGGGCGAGGAAGCCGUGCGCCAGUCAGUGAGUCGACUGACCGCGGAUGCGGCAGCAGGUUACAAGAAUGCAUUGCUUCUGGGUGUUAUCUCGGGCGUAUGUGCUCGACUACCGGCCAGAAAAUCAACUCUCGAGGAGUCUAAGAAACCCAUCCUGGCCUAUUAUGUCAAGGAAAUCGUAGGCUCAAAGUCUGUUGUGCCUUCUCACGUCGCCGAAGGACUGUCAGACUUCAUAACUUCGUUUGUCACAUACGAGGAUGUGACCACUGAAUUGGUACCUCCCAUGGAGAAAUCUAUGUUGAGAGCACCGGAGGUUAUCUUGAACGGCGUCAUCCCGCCGUUCAGUGCCGCUCUGUCAAAAGACAUUGACCUUUCUGAAGUGGUUCAGACUCGCCUGUCUAAGCAUUUGCUAUCCAGCAUGAAGUCAAACAACCCAGUGAUCCGACAAGGAGCCUCUGACUCGUUCAGAGCUCUACUCUCUCGAUGCCAGACCGAGUCUGUGAUUUUGAAGAUCACGAGUGAAAUCGUUGGUCCGUUGAAAACACAGAAGAUCACGGCCCCAGAACACCGAGUUGCCUACGCGCAAGCUGUUUCUGCGAUUCCUUCUUCAGUAGAAGCCUCGAAAGAGAUCGUUCAAGGUUUUGGCCCUCUGUUCACGCGGGAGUCUAACGAACCUGCCCUGGAAGAGGAGAUCAAAGCGUUCGGCAAGCACCUCGCUUUCCUUAUUCAAUCCUCUGUCAAGGUCGUGGAUGACGUUAUUAAUACUAUUGUUAAGGGUAUCUCCGACAAGCGAAUUCCGUUCCGAAAGAUCUGGCAGCUCAACGUGGGAGAGAUGCUUUGGAAUUCUGAUAUCGCGGCCCUUAGGACCGCCGAGAUUCAGCCUCUGAUUACCAAAUUCCUCGGGAAGAUGAAGGAUUUGUUUGGCGAGGUGGCCUCCAACCCGCUGCCCUCAGCUCAAAGCGGCGCAUUGUCGUCUGCGUAUAUGUUCUUGGCCCUUUUCGAACGUGUUUCAGAAAUUGAUGGCUCGGAUAAGUCUAUCUGGGAAGAGAAAGUCUCGCAGUCAUUGAUCAUGGGCGCAAAGCCUUCUUUCCUCCUCAACCCCAAGGCCUACUCGAAAAUUGGGUCUAAGGAAGAGAUGCAAUGGCUUGCCAGGGCUCUGGCGGCUGUCACUUCUGGAUCCAAAUUCGCCGCUGCCGAGGAUGAGGCCAAGAAUGCUUGGGCCCAAUCCUUUAUCUACGCUAUCACUGGCCCUAUCAUGACCACCAAAUUCCGAGAGAAUGCUGUGGAAGCACUGUCUACUGUACACAAGAAAGACAUGGCCUCUGUAGGAAGCAUUGUUAUCAAUGCUCUUUGGACUUGGAUCCAUGCGUUCCGUACCGGAGAGAAGGAGUCAGCUGCUGUCUCCGCUGGACCAGGAAGCGAGCGUCUACUGCACCAGAUCUUGAAAGCCAUUUGCCCUCUAGCUGCUAACAAAGAGGCAGUGGAAGGCGCAUCUUCGAUUCUCGAGUCUCAGCUCAUCAAGAUCCUUAUUCUUAGCCGAUCUGAAUUGAUCCCAGGCGCUUCUUGGAUCGACUUGUGCUUGAGAACCGGCACAGAUCCCGGGAACCUAGUCCGUGCCCACCCUGCAGAUUGCAUUGAGCAAUUGACAGGUGUUAAUGCCGACCCUGUAAAAUCGAGUGUGCCACAAGUCAACUCCGCUGUUUGGAGUGCUGCAGGUGACCUGGCGUUCGUGGCCCCCGAAGUCAUGAUUCCACGUCUCGUCGAUCAAAUCAAAUCUGAUUUGGAUGGCUCCCGUCUUUCUAAAUUCACUGCUACUGAUGCGGCAAUUGCGCGCACUCCCGAGGGCACUGCGUUCAUCGAUGUCCUCAGCAGCAAAUCGAAGCAGCCUGCUUUUGACAAGAACACCAAAGACUAUGACACUUUGAAGUGGGAGGAGGAGCUCCGGGCACAGCUGGCCGAGAAGAAGGGCGCGAAGCCUAAGAAGCUCACGGCCGAAGAGCAAUCUAAAGUCAAGGCUCAGCUUGCAAAGGAAGCAAAGAUCCGCGAGGAUGUGCUUCAGGAAGUUAAGCGGAUCGAGCGCGGUGCUGGCCUUAUCCGUGGUCUUGCCACUGGGCCAGCUAGCGAUGUUGAGGGAUGGAUUAACGCAGCUGUCAGCUGCUUACUGUCUCUUGCUCGAGCUGGUGCUGGAUUGUUUGUUGGCGACGUGGUGUCCCAGGCAUUCGUUGCUUGCUCUAACGAGCUGUCUUCGCGCCUGGGCAACCUUCGGCCGUUCGUCGGAAUUGCUACCCUUCGGGCCAUUGGCAACACAAACCUCCCCGCGGAAAGGCAAUUGGAACAUCUUGGAGAACUUGUAACAAGAAUUCUUUACCGUCUUCGAUUUGCAUCCGAACAGCGGCCACUUGAUACCGCAUCCCUCGCCUACGUUCUUCCGAUGCUCUUCAUGAUAUUGAGCCAGAACGGCAUUGAGGAGGUCAAGGGCGAGCAAGAAGGCGAGCAGGUUCUGCUUGCGAUUGAACUUCUCUCCUUCCACUCCAGCUCUUUCUCCGAUGUGCGACUUCCUCGCAAUGAAGUGCUGCAGCACCUUCUUGGCGCCAUGCAGAAAUACACUCAACACUACAAGCUGAUCAAGGAUACCUUGUUCAACUUCUGCCGUUGCAUCUCCCCUAACAUCACCACAGAGGAGCUUCAAACUCUACUGGAAGGUAGCAUUGUUUCUGAAGCCUCUGUCAGGACAUCUGUUCUUCAGGUCAUUGACGCUGAGAUUGAUCUGACUGAUCUCGACUUCUCUGAGCAUAUUUGGUUGGAGUGCCAUGAUAGCGUGGAGGAAAAUGUCGAGCUCGCUCAGACAAUCUGGGAAGACAACGCUCUUGAAGUGGAUGACGAAGCUUUCCCUCGGAUUAUCAAGUACCUGGACUCCAAGGAUAGUCAACUGCGUGGAGCGGCCGCCCGUGCACUUGCCAAAGCGAUCGAAUCCGACACGAGCAAAUUCGCUAGCAUCUUUUCUGAACUGCAAGCCAAAUAUGCUGAAGACGUCAAGCCCAAGGCCCCCGAAAAGGAUGCUUACGGCAUGCCCAAAAAGAUGGACAACCCAGACAACUGGGAGAGCCGUAGCGGUGUGGCAUUGGCUUUCAAUGCCAUGACCAAUUUGUUUGAUGGCGAACAGGUCAUUGCCCUCCUGCAAUUCCUUAUUGAACGUGGCCCUCUCGUUGACAAAAAUUCUGCCGUCCGAAGCCAAAUGCAGGAGAGUGGAAAAUUGGUGAUCGCCCAACGAGGACAACAAAAAGUUGAGGAGUUAAUGAAGCUGCUUGAAACCACAUUGGAAACCUCCGACAAAGGAACCCAAACCUCCGAUUUGCUGAACGAGGCAGUCGUUGUUCUAUAUGGAUCCUUGGCCAGGCAUUUGAAGGCCGAUGACCCUCGUCUGCAGACUGUUCUGAAGAAGCUUCUUGCGACCCUCCCAACCCCCUCUGAAACCGUUCAGUCUGCUGUCUCGGAGUGUCUGCCACCACUAAUCAGAUUGUGUGGCCCUAAGGCCUCUGACUAUGUCCAAGAGAUGCUUGAUCAACUCCUUAACGUCAAGAACUACGCCACCCAGCGUGGUGCUGCGUACGGUCUUGGUGGCAUUGUCAGCGGUAGAGGUAUUGCAACAUUGCGAGAGUUCCGAAUUAUGAGCUUGCUUAAAGAAGCCACUGAGAACAAGAGGGAGCCUCACCAGCGACAAGGUACUUUCCUGGCGUAUGAGCUUUUUGCCACCAUUCUUGCGCGCAUGUUUGAGCCCUAUGUCAUCCAACUCGUUCCCCAGUUGCUUGGGGGCUUCGGCGACCCAAGUAUUGAUGUCCGUGACGCUUGUCUAGAUGCCUCCAAGGCCUGCUUCCAGAAUCUCAGUUCCUAUGGUGUGAAGAAGAUCCUUCCUACCCUGCUCGACGGUCUGGAUGAUACUCAGUGGCGUAGUCAAAAGGGUGCCUGUGAACUUCUCGGAGCCAUGGCCUACCUUGACCCGCAACAACUCGCCGCUAGCUUGCCUAUUAUCAUCCCGCCCCUUACCAUCGUUCUCAACGAUACACACAAGGAAGUUCGCAACGCCGCAAACCGCAGUCUUCAGCGCUUCGGAGAAGUCAUCAGCAAUCCUGAAGUCAAGAGCUUAGUUGGUGUGCUUCUCAAGGCUCUGAGUGACCCUACCAAGUACACGGAUGAGGCACUGGACUCCUUGAUCAAGGUUUCCUUUGUGCACUACCUCGACGCGCCUUCACUGGCUCUGGUUGUUCGUAUCCUUGAGCGUGGCCUCUCCGACCGAUCCAACACCAAGCGAAAAUCCGCUCAGAUUAUCGGCAGCUUGGCUCAUCUUACUGAACGCAAGGAUCUCAUUUCACACCUGCCAAUCAUUGUGGCUGGUCUCAACCUGGCCAUUGUCGAUCCUGUUCCUACUACUCGUGCUACCGCUUCAAAGGCUCUGGGUUCUCUCAUCGAGAAGCUUGGAGAGGAUGCUCUACCCGACCUCAUCCCUAACCUCAUGAACACCCUCAAGUCGGACACUGGUGCCGGAGACAGACUUGGAUCUGCACAGGCCCUCUCAGAGGUUCUCGCUGGUCUGGGUACCACAAGACUCGAGGAGACCCUGCCUACCAUUCUACAGAAUGUUUCCAGCUCCAAGGCUGCUGUGCGCGAGGGCUUCAUGACUCUCUUCAUCUUCUUGCCGGCUUGCUUCGGUAACAGCUUCGCAAACUAUCUCAGCAAGAUUAUUCCCCCUAUUCUUGCUGGUCUGGCCGAUGAUGUCGAGUCAAUUCGUGAGACCUCCCUUCGGGCUGGUCGUCUGCUGGUCAAGAACUUCUCUACUAAGGCCAUUGAUCUUCUUCUUCCCGAGUUGGAGCGUGGUCUGGCGGAUGACAGCUACCGCAUUCGUCUCAGCUCAGUCGAGUUGGUUGGAGAUCUGCUCUUCAGUCUUACUGGUAUCAGUGGUAAGGCUGAGGCCGAUGAAGAGGAGGAAGAGGCCGCUCAAGCUGGCCAGUCCCUUCUCGAGGUUCUUGGAGAGGAGCGGAGAGACAAGGUCCUUUCCGCCCUGUUCAUCUGUCGCUGCGAUACUUCAGGCUUGGUCAAGAGUGCUGCUAUGGCUGUGUGGAAGGCUCUGGUCGCCUCUCCCAAGAUCCUCAAGGAGAUGGUGCCUACUCUUGCUCAGCUUAUCAUUCGCCGCCUUGGAUCAUCAAACAUGGAACAGAAGGUCAUUGCCAGCAACGCGCUCGGCGAUCUUGUCAAGAAGGCCGGAGAAUCAGUCCUGUCUACCUUGUUGCCUCUGCUUGAGGAAGGUCUCCAGGCCUCGCCCGAUGUCGAUGUCAAGCAGGGUAUCUGUAUUGCUCUGCGCGAGCUCAUCACCUCCGCCACCCCCGAGGGUCUGGAGGACUUCGAGAAGGUUCUCAUCUCUACUGUCCGCGUUGCUCUCGUCGAUAGCGAUGAAGAUGUCCGUGAAGCGGCCGCCGAAGCCUUUGAUGCCCUGCAGGACAUCAUGGGUAAGAAGGCUGUGGACCAGGUCUUGCCCUACCUUCUUCACUUGUUGAGAAACGACGAGGAGGCUGAACAGGCCUUGUCCGCACUGUUGACCCUGCUCACCGAGCAGACCCGCGCGAACAUCAUUCUUCCUAACCUCAUCCCCACCCUUCUUACUCCACCGAUUACCGCCUUCAACGCCAGAGCUCUUGCAUCUUUGGCCGAGGUUGCGGGCGGAGCCAUGACAAGAAGAUUGCCCAACAUCCUCAACGGUAUCAUGGACGGUAUCAUCCAGACAGAUGACGAAGAGCUCCGCACAGAACUCCGCACUGCCCUCGAUACAGUUUUGGUAUCUGUGGAUGAAUACGAUGGCCUGAAUGUUGCCAUGAACGUGAUGCUGUCACUUGUUAAGCAUGAUGAUCACCGUCGCCGUGCCGAAGCUUCUCUCCACCUCACCAAGUUCUUCGCCGAUGCCGAUGUCGACUUCUCGAGGUACUACCAAGACAUUAUCCGUGUCUUGUUGAUCUCUUUCGAUGAUUCUGACAAGGACGUUGUCAAGUCAGCAUGGACCGCUCUCAGUGGUCUCAUGUCUCACAUGCGCAAGGAGGAGAUGGAAGUUUUGGCCAUUCCUGCUCGCCAAAUUCUGCGACAGGUUGGUGUGCCGGGUGCGGACCUUCCUGGAUUCAGCCUGCCAAAGGGAAUUAUGGCUAUUCUGCCGAUCUUCUUGCAAGGUCUGCUCAACGGCACCACCGACCAGCGCACUCAAUCGGCGUUGGCCAUUUCCGACAUUAUCGACCGUACUAACGCCAAUUCCUUGAAACCUUUCGUUACUCAGAUCACUGGUCCUCUGAUCCGUGUUGUAUCGGAGCGUUCGGUCGAUAUCAAAUGUGCCGUUUUCUUCACUCUUAACAGGUUGCUCGAGAAGAUCCCGCUUGCUGUCAAGCCUUUCCUGCCUCAGCUGCAGCGAACCUUUGCCCGUGGUCUGGCAGAUACGUCGAGUGAGACCCUGCGCAACCGUGCAGCCAAGGGUCUUGGUAUCUUGAUUACUUUGACCCCUAGGGUUGAUCCGCUCAUUGCUGAACUCAUCACUGGAUCUAAGACUUCUGAUGACGGUGUGAGGAACGCUAUGAUGAAGGCUCUCCAGGAGGUUGUCGGCAAGGCUGGUGGCAACAUGAGCGAGGCGUCUCGCACAUCCAUCCUUGCUUUGAUCGAUGAUGACUCCAGCGACAAGACCGAUAAGAUCGCCAUUACCAACGCGAAGUUGUUGGGUGCUCUUGUCAAGGUUCUCCCGGAGGACAACGCGAUCACUCUAAUCAAGAACCGAAUUCUCAACGGUCAGCUUUCGCACGCGUCGGUCCUUGGUUUGAAUUCCCUUUUGGUCGAGGCUCCUGCCGUCUUGUUGGAGCAUUUCUCUACCGAAACCUCUUCGACCAUCUGCCAGGGUAUUGUCAGCAAAGAUCCCUUCGUCUCCGAUAACAGUGUUCUCGCCGCUGGUAAAUAUCUCUUGGCCGAUGACGGUGACCACAGCUUUGAGACGCACAAGAUCAUCUUCGAUGCUCUCGCUCCCGUCAUCCUGCCAGGUGCUCCGUCCGAUACCCGCCGCUUGGCGCUGGUUGUCAUUCGAACCAUCAGCCGUCUCCACCCAGAGAUGACUCGCGCUCACCUGGCUCUUCUGGCCCCGCCAAUCUUUGCCAGCGUACGGGACAUGGUUAUCCCCGUGAAGCUGGCAGCGGAAGCUGCUUUCCUGUCCCUCUUCUCCGUGGUGGAUUCCGAUGCCGAGGUCUUUGACAAGUACAUGGCUGGUCCCGGUGCCUCUCUCCCGCCCGGACCGAAGCGCAGCAUGUCCGACUACUUCAAGCGUGUUGCUUUGCGUCUUGCUGCCCAGUCUCGUGAGCGUCGCCUGGCUGAAGGUGGCGAAGGUGGACUGGGUCUAGCGAAUGAUGAAGUGGAUGACGAGAAGGAAUUGUGGAGUAUUGGCAAGGUGGAUCUGGGGCAGGAUGCAUUUGCUGAUGACUAA